CUCUCUCUUUCUCUCUCUCCGCGUCUCUCUUCAUUUUCUUUUCUCCACCGCUAACAGAACCGCCUUCUCUCUCUCUCUCUCUCUCUGUGGCUUUGUUCAGGGUUAGGGUUAGGGUUAGGGUUUCUUCCUUAGGCGUGUCCACUUCGACAUCACUAUGUUGCUGAAAACCCCCAACUUUUCCAAUUUACCCCUCCAAAGACUUUUUAGGUCAAGCAUGGCUUGAAUCCCACCUCUUUCUGGUGGUGGCAGUCCUGGGAUGGAAAUGUAUAAUAUCUCUGAAUAUGGAAAUGCAGAAGCUUACCUGAUUCAAGGCACUGAGUCAAACCCAAAUUUAACAAGUCCGUCUCUUCAACAACUUGACACCAUGUAUACUGAAGCGGCCCCAGAGUUUAUCGUUGAACAGGGCUUGUAUUACCCUACUGCCACCAAUUAUGGUUAUGUCUGUACAGGAUUUGAAUCACCCGGUGAUUGGGAUGACCACCAUAGGAUUUUUGGUCUGGAUGGUCAAGAAGUUCAGUACGCGGGUGCGCAAACUGAAAGUUUGCCAUAUGUAUAUUAUACACCUGGCUAUGGAUAUGCACAGACUCCAUACAACCCAUACAACCCUUACAUUCCUGGUGCUAUGAUAGGAGUUGAUGGCCCAUUUAUGGGGACGCAACAAUAUUACACCAUCCCGCCUUACGAAAACCCUGCGUCUUCACCUGCAUACUUCAACAUGGUUGUCCAACCUGGGCCAGAGGCGAUCUCAAAUAGUAGAGCAGAACCCUUCUUAGAUACUGGUGCAUUUACUGCAAAUAGAGCUGAUGGCCCAAUUCUAAAAAAUAGCCUUUCUUCAACGUCUGCAACUUUUACACUGACCCCCCCUAAGCCUGCUUCAAAUCAGACACGUUCCUUUGCUAGGGUAUCAGAAGGACCUAAAGCUAGUGCUGAACCAAGUAAGCUACCAGCGCAUGGAAAUGUUACUUCUAGUAGUUUUUCCAGUCUGGCAUCAUCACAAGUACUACAGGGUAGGGGUGCUCAAGCUGUGGAUAACAUUUCACAUGGGAAGGCUUUUUCUCAUCGUAACCAAUUAAAAAUGGCUCUUUCUUCUAGUAAUGGCUUGUCCAACUUUGGAACAAGUGCUCACGGACGGGCCUCAGUCGAAAAGAUACGGUCCAAGAUCCACUAUGGCAGAGCCUCGAAUGAUUUUAAUGGAAGUCCAGAUUCAUUGGCUGAACAAAAUCGAGGCCCUAGAACCAACAAAUCCAAAAAUCAUUUGGCUGUUAAAGCUUACACAACUAGAGCUGGAGAGAGUGAUGCACAAGGAAACAUCAUUAUCUAUACUGAUCAGUAUAACAAGGAUGAUUUUUCAUUAGAUUAUGUGAAUGCAAAGUUUUUUGUAAUCAAAUCAUACAGUGAGGAUGAUGUGCACAAGAGUAUUAAAUAUAAUGUCUGGUCAUCUACACCCAAUGGAAACAAGAAGCUGCAGAGUGCAUAUGAAGAUGCCCGAAGAAUAGCUGCUGGAGAACCAAGAGGCUGUCCUGUCUUCCUGUUCUUUUCUGUGAAUGCAAGUGGCCAGUUCUGUGGUGUUGCAGAAAUGACUGGACCUGUUGACUUCUAUAAAGAUAUGGAUUUCUGGCAGCAAGAUAAAUGGAGUGGAAGCUUUCCUGUUAAGUGGCACAUUAUAAAAGAUGUACCAAACCCCAACUUUCGGCACAUCAUUUUAGAGAACAAUGAGAAUAAGCCAGUAACUAACAGCAGAGAUACACAAGAGAUAAGGUAUAAGCAAGGUAUCGAGAUGCUUAAACUUUUCAAAAAUUACACAAUGAAGACAUCUUUACUUGAUGAUUUCAUGUAUUACGAAAAUCGACAGAAGAUCAUGCAGGAGGAGAAAGCUAGGUUACUCAUCAAGAGCUAUGGAAGCUCGUUCCUUAUUCCUGCUUUAGAUCCUCCCCGGAAGCAAAAUUUUCUGGUUGACAUGCCUUCUAGUGCAGAUGAAAAAACUACCAAGCCUAAUGAGCUUAAUAGCUUGGACAAGACUGUGGGCUCUGUAAUUGAGCCGAUCCACAUUGCGGACAAAGCAAAGCAUGAUGACGUAUUGUCACUAAAGAUUGGCUCACUUGCUAUCAACCCAAAGCAGGCUGAACCUAAACCUUUAGAGGUUCCCUCUAAUGUUGCUACGGUAGUGGAUACUAAACCAGUUGAUGUUGUCACAGUAGGGUCGAUGCCUGUUAGAGUUAAUGGUUUUGCCAACUCUUCUGGUUUCCUUACUGUUGGUACUAUCCAAUUUGAUUCUAAAGCAUUACAGAUUGACGAUGCAAGUGUUGUUAAAAGUGAAUCUCAACCUUGAUGACGCAGUGGCUUUACCCCAAUGAUCUGGAAGUUAUCUGUUUCAGCAGAAUGCAAUGCAAUGCAAUGCAAUGUCAUGCACUGUAAACUUGAGGUGUAUCUUCUGGGUUAUAGUUAUGGUUGAAGGUCAUGUGUAAUACUCACUUUUAUUUCAUCUUUGUUAUUUUCUUUGAAGGUUCUACCUUAGGUUUGCUGUGAAGGUUGUUUUGUGGGUGCUAAUGGCGGUGUUGACUCAUUUCAAGUGGAAUACAGUGUGUAAACCUUUCAAUUUUCCCCCUUCCAUCAAUGAAGAUACUGAUAAAUAUAUUUUUCUUGCCAAUAAACCAUUUGUUCUUGCAA